UAGCGCUGCGCCCUCUUGAGUGUUCCGCCUGAAGUAUAUAUUUGAGCGAUUCUUCCCGUUUUCGUACCACUUCAAACUUGACUCCUUUGGUUCGGUAGUUAAAAAAUUACUUGGAUAUGGCAGAUCUCAAACCCGCCGAAGUUGAAAAGGCCAGAGAACACUUCGAAAUCUAUGACUUUGAAGGAGAAGGUAAAAUUGAUGCAAAGGACCUAGGUGAUCUCUUAAGAUCACUAGAUUGCAAGCCAACUAUAGCAACUGUUGAAAAAAAUGGAGGAGCAAAGAAGAAAGGAGAAAAAAAGUUGUCGUUUGAAGAAUUCCUGCCUAUCUUUAGCCAAAUUAGGAAAGAAAAAGAAAUUGGUACACUAGAAGAUUUUAUGGAAGGCCUUAAAGUUUACGACAAAGCAGAAAAUGGAACUAUGUUGGCCGCAGAAUUAGCUCACGUUUUAUUAUCUUUAGGCGAACGAUUAACAGACGGUGAAGUUGAGGAUAUAUUAAAAUCAUGCGGUGGAGCAGAAGAUGAUGAUGGAUUUUUGAAAUAUGAACCAUUUGCAAAGUGUGUAAUGACCGGUCCUUUCCCUGAAGAACUCAAAUAAUGAAAGUCAACGAAUUAUGGUGUUUAAUUAUAAAUGUUCAAAGAGAAUGAACUAUCUGCUAUGCAAUUAAUGUAAAAAUAGAUGAACCUACGAAAGGGCAAUCAACAGAAAAGCGUUUAUAUAUUGUUAUCUUUCAGUAAUUAAUUAAUGCUGAACACAAUAAAAUUGCUAUAUGGUUUGCA